AUGUUGAAGCCGACUCCUGCGAGUCAAACCCCCACUACCGCGGCAAAAGCCCGGCGCCAGGACGCGGAUGUGCGGAAGUUCGAGGGAAAGGAAGGCGGAGUGGUCUUGAGCAAGCCAGUCAGAAAUCAGCUGAAACGUGCCAAAGAUUUUCGUCGGGUGAACGAGAUAAUGGAGCCCUGGCUCCAGAAAAUGGUGCCACAGCAUUUCUUGGUAAAUUGUGAAGACAUCAACUGGGGGCCAGGUCUUGGUCAACCAGAUUUUUUUGCCACUCGUUGUUACGUAGCAGUGUCUCCGAAGCAGAAGCGAAAGGGAUCCCACUAUGGACGGCCAGCGCUCAUGGAUUCAGUCACAGCCCUCUUUGACGGCAAGCUCGAUAUACAAAUCAGCCAUGAAGACCGUCUUCAUGCGCUUUUGAGUCACACAAGUGCCAGCUUUGGCCUGCUGUAUGACAAGAAAGGUUUUCGACUGCUGAUCGCGCAUGGAGAGCGGGGUACGUCUAAACAGCUGAUGGAAAUAUGGAGUGGCGUCUGGGAGCAGGGAGGCACGCUGCAAUUUUUGGCUGAGAAGUUUGCAGAGCCUGCCCAUGAGCGCCGUUUGGGCGCUUGCCUUGCAGACUGCGGGGCUACGAUGUUGGGUUUCUUGGGACAGGGUGGCUUUGGAAGAGUCUUCAAGGUCAAACGCAAAAAUGCUCAUUAUGCUAUGAAGGUGGCUACUGAUCAUAGCCGGCUCGAAACGGAAGUCGCGAGGCUUCAAGGAGCAAGAGCUCAAGGUCUCCCUGUGAUCAAUCCAGAGGCUGCAGAGCAACUGACUGCGGGUGCGGGAUCAUAUUAUUUGAUGAGGCCUGUGGGUGAGCCGGUGAUGUGGUAUGAUUGCCAAAUCAGCAAGAUCUUUGAGGCUCUCCACAAGCUUCACAAAAAAGGCCUCGUACAUGGAGACGCCCGCAUCCAGAACAUCAUCAAAUCGCAAGGAAAGUUCCUCUGGGUAGAUUUUGUGGACACGCCUUUUCCCACGGAGCCCGGAAAGAUUCAAGAUAUUGCGAGCUUGUGCAGGAGUCUGGGGGUUAAUCUAGAGCACUGGCAAGGAGAGGCCUCCCUGACCAGCAAAGAAUUUAUUUCGUGGGCUGAAGCACAGAGGGAUGAGGAGGCAAAAACCCGAGCCCCAAAGCGAUCUCGGAGGAAGUGA